UUCCCAUUUUUCCGUGUUUUUGCAGCAAAACCGAUCAGUGGCCGCAGAAGUUGAUCAUGCAGCUCAUCCCACAGCAGCUCCUGACCACCCUGGGUCCCCUUUUCCGGAAUUCCCGGAUGGUUCAGUUCCAUUUCACCAACAAGGACCUGGAGUCGCUCAAGGGGCUCUACAGGAUCAUGGGCAACGGCUUCGCCGGCUGCGUGCACUUCCCUCACACGGCUCCCUGCGAGGUGCGGGUGCUGAUGCUGCUCUACUCCUCCAAGAAGAAAAUCUUCAUGGGCCUCAUCCCCAACGACCAGAGCGGCUUCGUCAACGGCAUCCGCCAGGUCAUCACCAACCACAAGCAGGUGCAGCAGCACAAGAUGGACCAGCAGCGUGGGGUGAGCCCCCCAAAAACACCCCAAAAAAACCCCUCAAAACCACCCCCAAAAUCCCGCAGGCCCUCAGGGAUUUCUCCUACCUUCAACCCUUUUAUGUGCUGGGUCGCUCUUUUCUUCCUUCACAAGUGCCGCCAUCUCCUUUUUGAGGUGGUGUUUCUGUCACCCCAUUCUUUUUUGGGGUGUUUUUGA